AUGAUUUAUUUACAAGAAAUCGGCUUGGAGAGAAUGUCAUUACAAGAUUUGCAUUAUGCAAUGAAAAUGCUUGCUCCUGAAUUCAUAGCAUUUAUCGCAGGAAUAUUUUUUCUUGUCAAGAUAGCUGCAUUCGAUGCAAAGAUAGAUGAGAAGAAUUCUGCAAAAUUCAGCUCAGAUCAAGAACCAGAGGAGAAAUGUGAUGAAGUCAAUCAUCCAAAGCUGCAUAAUCAUUUCAAUAAAUUCAUAUAUAACGCAAAUAAUAUCGUUUUAUGCAUAGGUCUAGCUAUCGCUGGAGCUAUUCAUCCUUCAGCUGUAAGAACUAUUCGUCAAUUUAAGAUUUUCUCAAAAAUAUUGUCGUAUUUUCAUCGAAAAUUUGAAUUGAAAUAUCUGAAAAAAGCUAUAUAA